CACAGAUAUGAAUGCAUUGACUCAAACACAUGGAGGACCAACAUUUUGGGUGACAUCCAGCCAGAAACCCUCACUUGUGGGGUGGGCUCUGGAGGGCUAGUGGAUACAGCAGCACAUUCCUCCUGCAAUUGCUCCCCUUAUUUCAGACACCAGUCCCAGGCAAAGCCAGCUCUUGAAACUGGUAGUUUUUAUGUACACACAAGAAGUCAUUCCCCUGAAAAGGUUCUUAAAGGAGAAGAGACAUCUAAUGGGGCAUCCCCUUGUGCUGUAUCUUGGAGGAGAGACCUCCCAGCCAAUAUCUAUCCAAAGGGUCUGCAGGUGUCACUGGAGACAGAUGUGGGGGAGGCUCAGAUGAAUGUUGAUGUAGCCAUGUAUGGAACCCCAAGGGAAGUGCGUGUGAGAGUCACUCCUGGAGAGUUUAGACCAGUCCAGCAGCUUAGUACUAAAUCUGUAAGAGUUAGCAACUCCAAGCCUCACGUUAAGUCCAGCAAAGAGUCAGGAGAGGUGUGUGACUCUAGAUCACAAGCAGCCAGAAUGGCUGUGGUGGGCAGCAGCCAGUCCAGCCCUUCCGUUACUCAGGUUGAAGAAGGCUUUGGUGAUUAUUCUGACAUAGAUUGUAGAAAUGUGAGCAGAGAAAGAAGGAGAAACAAAUACUCUCAGCAAAGGAGCUGGAGGAAUUGGGAAGCUGAUUCCAGUCUCGACCAGUCUGAAGAACCUUCUGUGGAGAGGACUGCCAAAGAACCACGGUGCUGUGAAGAAGGGAGCCAGACACGGGAAGCUGUGUCCAGAGAGGUCUCUGAGAACAGCUUCUGGUCAUUGAAGGUGAAUGAGCAAAGUUUCCAGCACUUACGUGACAGACAAAUGCUAGCUAGGUGUUUCCAAGCCUGGAGAAGACACGUCCUCUGGAAAAGGGCUGCAGCCAGGCAGCUUUACAGCCAGCAAUUGCUUCAGAAGGGCCUUGGUGCUUUGCAGAGGGAUGUGUGCCAGAGGAGGAUGCAGCUAGAGGUGGCCCAGCAGAGACAUGCCUCAGCUCUGCUAGCUGUCAGCUUCCACAGGUGGAAGGAAGCUGUGGUGAAAGAGAGCAAGAAGCAAGCUCCACAGCCUGAGCUGUAUUCUACCCAUAGUUCAUCAGUGGGGGGUUUUGGAGUAGGAAGAUUAGCAACUAUGACAACCUCAGCUGAUCACCAGCUUAUAGAAGGAUACUCAGAGGAAGUUGAGCAGGCUUGUAGGGUGGAAGGAAAACUGUGGACACAGCUUCAUCGUAGGCAGAGAGGAGAUGCAUUCUGCUUAGGAGCUCAGGCAAUCAGAGAUAUGAGACGACUAGCUGUAGCUUUCAGACUGUGGCGCCUGCAGAAGGAGCUGCUGAGCAAAGAGGAAGCCAGGCUUUUGGAAGCCCGUGCUCUGCUAGAAAAGAAGCAGCUAAGAAACGUUUUCUGGCUGUGGCAUUCCCGAUGCUUGGAAAAGGAACAGAUCUCAGCGCUGACAACUCGGAUCCAAAGAAACUUGGUCUCUCAGUGCUUCUAUGCAUGGAAGGAGACUGUUGAACAGAAGGCACUUUACAGGUGCAACCUGGCCCAUCUCAGAGCAGUGUCACUGAGGAAAUACUUCCAGCAGUGGGUUCAGAGGCUGCAGGUCAGAGAAGGUGAUAAGCAAGCAAUGGCAAACUUCCUCCUCCUUCGAUGGAGGCAGCAUUAUGGAGCAGUUAUAAGCUCAGUAGCUGACAAGACUGUGACAAAGAGGGAUGAAGAUCAGCCACUGUGGACUGUAGAGAGAUGGUUUCCAGAGGAAGCAGGCUGCUCUCUUGAUGACUUCUGCCAAAAGGUGAAGCUCCAGAGAGUCUAUCUGCUGUGGAAAGCAAGGCUGUGCGAGCAUCACAGAGCUGAUUCUUUCUCUCAGGCUUUGGAGCAGUGUAGACUCCAAAAAGCUCUGAAAUUGUGGCACCAAAAGUGUCACAUGCUGAAGACAAUUGAACAAAGUCCUAGACACUCUCACAAGACUCUUUAUGGAGAACCUCUUGCUGUGCUGUUUGCUGAGGACCUCUCAACAUCAUCUGGCUUUGACAGCAGUGCUUCAGCUACUCUGGCCUCUCAAAGCUCGCUGGAAAAGGAAUACAGCUUUAGUGACAGCAGCCAGCAGGGCUUCUCCUCUGUUCUGACUGUUGAGGAUGUCACACACAUACCCUAUUACAGUUCUUUUCUGCAACCACACCAGUGUGCAGAGCUGCCAGCUGAACUGGGUGAGGAGCUGUGCUUGCAGACCUCCUUUCCUCCAUGGAGUACUGGAUCUGGGUGA